UUUUGACAUUCAACUGAACUUACUUCUUGUAACAAAAAAAAGUCGGCUUUUAUGUUUUUUUGUUAUUUAAGAAUUUAAGUUUAGUUUUUUUCACAAUAAAUAAUUACAAAACAAGUCAAUUUAUAAUGCAAAGUGUGUAAAAAAAGAAUUUUAUAAAAAUAAACCAACCAUGAAGCAGAAACACUAUUUACUCCUCAUUCUUUCCCAUGCAUUUAUUGCUGUUGGCUGUUUUUUUCUCUAUGUAUAUCAUGUACGGUCAAUAUUUGAGACUCGACAUAAUUUUGGACAUAUAACAACAUUGGAGCGCGAAGCUCUGCUAAGAAAGGAAGAUGCUCUUUAUUAUUCAUUUUAUAAGACCAUUGUCCAAGAAGCCGAUUUCUAUCAAGGCUAUCAAAAGCUUUUGAAUGUUACAACAAUUGAAUAUCCUCAUAGCGUAAAUGUUGUUCAUCGUUUUCAUGUGUUCCCAGAGAUUGCCAUUGGGUAUUUGUACCAUAAGUUUAAAUCUCUUAGCAAAAGUUUAGGGGAUUCCUCUGUUUCGUGUUGGACUGAUGAUAGUAAUCCAUUAUCAGAACCAGUUAUUACUUGCGAUGGCCUUGGUGAGCCAUUUCACUUUUACUUGGAGUUUGUAUGGAUGUUUGGCGGUUUUACAGUUUUUCUGAUUUACAUGUAUGCUUCCUUUUUAAGUGAAAAUCUUCUAGGUGGUAUCUACGCCGUAGCAUCUUAUAUAAUCUUUCAUAAAAAUGUUUCUAAAAUCUACGAUCGUCCAGUAGCAAGAGAAAACUUCGCAUUCCCAUUAAUUUUUUGGCAAAUGUUCUAUUUGUGCAUUUGCAUCAAUAAAGCUUCAAAGAGUAAAAAACCAAAUCAGCAUUAUUUCAAUCCAAUUAUGAUAAUAAAACUUACUAUUUUAACAACCGCCUCAUUGCUUUGUUGGCAAUUUUCAUCGGUCGUUUACGCAACUCAAGUUCUAAUUUUAAUUACUCCAUGGAGUCUCGGUCUAGUUUCGAGCCGAUUUUCAAUCGAUUACACAAUAACUCAAUUCCUCUCAAACAUUCUAGCUUAUUAUUUCACAUACGAAAAUAAAAAGUAUUUCUUUGCAUGGCAAAACGGACCGGCAUUUGCACUUUUCUUCAUAAGCUUAGUUCGAAUAUACAAAUCACAGUCAAGAUCGGAUAAUUUCUUAAAAAGCAUCACUCUCGGUAUUCUACUGGCCAUCAGUUCGCAGGGAACUAUUAUAGAUUUAUUAGAAAAAUCUGGCUAUGCGAGUUCAACAGAUAAUCCGUUUUCGGUAUAUCGCGACUUGGUAUUGCAGUGGACAUUGCAACGAAAAACCAACUUCACAACAUGUCUUCUCGCGUGUAAUUCAGAUUAUGCUGAAGUGGAUAUCUAUGAUGUGUGGGAGGUGAUUAAAAUUCUAUUUGCCAAACCCUACUGCCUGUAUGGAGUUGUUCUGUUGGCAAAAUUUCUCCGAAAAUGGCGAAUACAGACUCCAAAAUCUGAAGACACCGAUUAUGUGGAAAGAGCAAAAAAAUACGUUUUGGAAGAGUUUCUUGAAGAGAAUCACAUUUCAAUGAAAGACAUGUCGAAUGAGAAAACCGAAAAGGCACUUAAAGAAUGUCUCGAUUUGUUGGAAAAGUGCGAUUAUGAAUUCCAAAAAUACAAAGAGGAACGAAACAAAAUGAAAAAAGAUGUCGGAAAAGAACACGAAUCAUUUCUUAAUGAAAUUAAAUGCCUUAAAAAACAAAUUAAAGAAACCAAUAAGGAACGAAAGCAUGAAAACCAGUUCGAUUCAGGGCUAGAUUUAAAAAGAGAAAAUACGAGUACAUCUGCAGAUCAUUCAUCGAAACCUGAAAGUCAGGUUGAAAAUGAAGAGAAACCUACUGUAGAUGCAGAUUUAUUAGAAAGUAAACCAAAAGAACCUGAAAAGAAAACACAGUGGCCAAAAUCUAAUUCGAAAACAGAUUCAACAUUUAGCUAUCACUACUUGUAUAGCUUAGCUCAAUUUGCUGUAUUCAUUUUUAUUGGAUUCAGUAUAAAGAAAUUGUUUUUCUUAUGUUAUACUCAAGGUUGUGUACUAGCACCGACGCUUUAUUCAAAACUAAGAAAUCACAAACAUAGUAAUUUGUUUUUAUCAAUAUCGCUUGCUGUUUUUCUUACAAGCAUUGUUGACCCAGGGGUUGUGAAUGUAUAUGAAGAAUAUUUGCCGUCCAAAACUCAUAGUGAUGAACUAGAAAACAUGUUAGAAUGGAUUAAUCUAAAUACAGAGAAAAAUGCAGUUUUUGGGGGUCCUGUUGAUAUCAUUGGAACUGUUCAUUUGACAACUAAAAGGCCAAUUGUUAAUCAUGCACAUUUGGAUAUGCACCAAAUAAGCGAAAGAACCGAAAGCAUUUAUUCGGUUUUCAGUCGGCAGCAAUCAUCCGAAAUUUACAACCAGUGCUCACAGCUAAAGAUCCAGUAUUUAAUAUUGUCCUUUAGUGAUUGUUCCAACGCAGCUAACGAUGAAUGUGAUAUAUUAACAAUAUGGGACGAAAUGCAACCAGCAUACCGAAAGUACCCCCAAUUCUGUUCCGAACUAGCCAGUAAAAACGUGCCCAGCUUCUUAAAAGUGUUUUCAAAUAAGUACUAUGGGAUAAUAAAAAUGUUCUCGCAAAGUGUUCAGCUUAAUUUAAAGCAAAACAAAAUGCCUGAAAAACAUAUAUAAUCAACCAAGAGCUAGAAGUAGAAAAAAAAAGAUAAUGCACUUAUCAUAUUUCCUAUUAGAAAUAUUAUUAUAUUUUAAAUAUUUUUAAGUAUUCUUAAAAGACUUGAAUAUGAUUUGCAUUCGAUCAUAUUUUUCAAAUAAUUUGUUAAUUUGUUAACUAGGCUCUAAGCUCUUUUUAUUUUUAAGAUUAACUUUAAGUUGUAUUUAAAAAAA